AUGAAGGAGCCGACAAAAAAUUGCAAAGAAGCACAAAGCAAGAAUGAUGCAGAGAUUGAGAUAAGGGGGGGACGCUAUGGAUUUCGGUACAAGGAAAAGAUUUUUCUGGUGUUUAGAAAGAGAACAGAGGAAAAGACAGAAAAGCGCAACGUCAGAGUUAGCCGUAGGGUUCUCCUUGGUUUGUGGUUUCCGUAG